AUGCUGAGAAAGGAAGCAUUCAAAUCAAAGAACCACUUAUCCGUUAAGCUGGAGAAAAUACACAAAGAAAAACAGAAAAAUAAACUGACAGGAACAGAGGCGCAACAGCUUGCCAUCAUGAAAGAAAUACUUUAUGAUCAAAAUCAGUUGCAGCAAGUUCUGUCCAAAUCUGACACUAUGAUGGCUGUGGUAAAAGAUCUGUUUGGUGAUGACCCAAAGAGAUUUAUGGGAUUUCCGAAUGUGACAACAGCACCUAAUGGUGGUGAUCAUAACAGCUUGGUUGCACCUAUAACAGAUAUCUACACACGGACGGAGAAACUCAGUGACUCACUGAUGGAUCAGUCUGCGCUCAAUGAUGAUUUGGAUACUACAUCUGAUUCAGAUGACCAGAUUCAUUGUCCACACCCUAUUUCCUAUGAAUCCAAAAUCAACUUGCAACACUUUGAGGAUUACUUGAAAGAAGAGAAAAGCAAGACCACACGCCUGCCUGCACAUGAGCACAGCAAGACCAAUGUCAACAACAACAUGUCCAGAAACAUCCCUGAAGUCAACACCAGCAUGGACACACAUGCUGAUGCUGGAAAACAGGGUCCAGCUUGUGUGCUUCCUCUGCUGAAAACUCUGUUGGACCACAGUGAUAGAGGACAGGGUGAUCAGCUGGGUCUUCCUGAUCCCAGCAAACUGGCUUUGCUCUUGGGAAUGUUAACAGCCAAGCCAGCAGCAGAUUUGCGGACACCACCUAAAGAAACCCAGCAUCUGCCCAGUGAACGGACACCUCCUUCAGCAAUGAAUGACACAAAGAAAAUCAAGAGAAGCAAAAAAGUGUUACAGUCUCAGAACACAUCCUCGGAGAGCAUCAACACUACUUCUAAUGUUAAUGACAUGAGACAGGUUUUGCAAGAGUUGGAAAAUGAGAUGGCUGAAUAUGAAAAUGAAACCGGUCGAUAUCCACAGAAAGCAGCUCACAAAACGGAAACAUUUUCAGGCUAUACUGUGACUUUAGUAUCUGCUGUGUCUCGCCUUACUCGAUACCUUAGAGAGAUGGAACUGCGAGUGCAGACAGAAUCUACCUUACGUGAACAUCUGACCCAAGAUGUCUGCCAGCUGAGAACGGUCAUUGACGCACUUGCAACAGAUCUUAUAGUAACAAGAGAGGAGUAUCAGAAGUUGUACUGGGAAAGUAAGCAUUAUAGAGACAGCACAGAAGCUAAAUUAGCAUCCGCAAAUAACCAGCUCGUGGAACUACAGCGUUUGGUCACCGGAAGUGGGAAAAGAUCAUCCAUUGUGAGCCAAACCAAAGAGGAACAAGAGAAGCCUUCACACCAGCACCAGGGUCAUUAUGAAUCAGCUGACAUGGUCUGUAAACAGCCAGCAACAUUUCAGAUGUCCACACCACUGCAAGAUGAUGGUAGCACACAGUCAGACCUGGAGUCCAGCAUCUAUCACCCACUGCCCACACACUUGAAGUCUGGGCCAGUUCCAGCAGCUGUCCUCUUGUCACCACCAGUUAGGAAGACCAGGGUUCAGUCCAAUGCUGUCUCUGGACGGCAGCCUUUACAAUGCCAGACAUCCUUAGUCAGCCAGGCUGCCAGUGAGGGAACAAGCUACUCUGCUGAUCCACCACGUCUGACACAGACUCCACCUGUCAUGAACACAGUCAGUGUGCCCAGACCAGUGCCACUAGUACAAAGUAACCUGAAUUUUGCCUUGGCCUCAGGUCUGUCUGUUAGCCAAGCUGCAGUCAACAGUUCUGUCAGUGAGCAAGGAGUGAGGACUGUAAAUAAAGUCAGCACUGGCCAUUCUGUGCAUAGUGUGCCUGAUGCAGCAAAGUUUGGAGACAGCAGUCAGCAGCAACAAGAGCUGGCAGUGGAUGAAGCUUUGAAUGAUCCCAUUCUGCAAAGUUUAAUGCAAGCUCAGCUAGCAGAACUAAACAGGCAGCAGGAGGAAGCUAGGCAGAGGCUCCUGGACCUGCUGGACAAGCAGAAGCUGCAGCAAAAGUUCCUGCAAGAUCAGCAUGAUUCAGACAGUGCCUUGGAUUCCAACAGGAAGCAGUGUACGGGCUGGCAGAGUAAUAUGCUCAAGCAGCCAGUGUCUCCACCAAUUUCACCAAUACUAGAGAGAACAGAACAAACUGUCAAGGAGAGGAAUGUUGCAGGAUCAUUGUCUAACAUAAAGCUGGAUGCUGAACCCAAGUGA